GGUCUGUUCCCCCCCCUGGGGGGUAGUUCGUGUGUGGUGAGAGCAUCAGCCAAGACAGGUGCAGUCCAGGUGUCAUCCAGGUGUGCAGAGAUCUGCCAUGAUGAUGGCCAUGAUGAUGAUGAAGGCCAUGAUGAUGAUGACAAAGAUGAUGAUCACAUCUGCAAGACUUUUUAGAAGACUCGAUAUAGACACUGUCAGUGUGACGACAGGUGUGCCCGACAUGUGGCGCAUUGUUUCCAGCCUGCCUCCCUUCGUGCAGUUUGAAAGUGGGGCUCCUGUAAUGCUGGAGGGGGACCUGGUCAAAAUGUCCUGUCCACCCCUUCUCCCUGUGAAUAAUUAUGUCUGGAGCUACCUGAACCGGUCCUCGGGUGUGGUGAGAGAGAUUGGAUACGACCAGAGGCUUCCCCCAAGGAUCGCCACGAUGGGGGACUCUGGACAGUACAGCUGCACAGCUAUUUUCUUAACUGGAGCAGUGGCACAGUUUCACACUGAACUGACUGUGCUUGAGCGGCUUCUCUCACCCUCGGUGGUGGUCAGCUCCCAGGGCUCCGUGGUAUUAGAGGGGAGUGGCCUCGUCACCUUGAAGUGCGUGCCCACCUCUGGCCCCUCCCUCAUCACCUGGAGCUGGAACAAGCUGGGAGGGGCGGAGCCUCAGAAGGUGGGGGCGGAGCAGACGCUGACUCUGAGAAGGAUAGGGGACAGUGGGGUCUAUGAGUGCCAGGCUCGCACUUCCACCCUGAACCUCACUCAAGUAAACAGCAGCCUGCCUCACCAGGUGAACAUCAUCCCCUCACCAGUGGGUCUCCCAGUUGGCAUGGCUGCCCUGGCCCUGGGCCUCCUCUGCCUGUUCCUCCUGCUCCUGCUGGGCGUCUGGGUCUUCUUGCACAGAGGGACCAAGCCCAUGGCUCUCGACAAGCUGUCCCACGACCCCCCACCCAGAGUCUCUCAUUGUUCAGGAUUGCCCGGACCAGGAAUGGAAUUGAAGGACAGCUCCCGACCGACUGAGAGCGAGGUUUACAUGAACUGCAAGACCGCAGGGGAGGCCUACACCGACCUGAACCACUACGACAUGUCUGAGGAGAACACCUACGACUGCCUGUCCUGACGGAAAACCACAUUGCGUUAGCUUGCAUUAAGUUAGCCUGCAUUAUAUUAGCCUUGAUUGCAUUAGCCUGUAUUAUGUUAGCUUGCAUUGCAUAAGCCUGCAUUGCGGUAGAUUGCAUGGCAUUAGCCUACAUUACAUUAGCCUGCAUUGUGUUAGCUUGAAUUGCAUUAGCCUGCAUUACGCUAGCUUGCAUUGCAUUAGCCUGCAUUACAUUAACCGACAUACAUUAGCCUGCGUUACAUUAGCCGACAUUGCGCUAGCCUUCAUUACAUUAGCCGACAUUACAUUAGCCUUCAUUACGUUAGCCAGCAUUACAUUAGCCUUCAUUACGUUAGCCAGCAUUACAUUAGCCGACAUUACAUUAGCCUUCAUUACGUUAGCCAGCAUUACAUUAGCCGACAUUACAUUAUCCUGCAUUACGUUAGCGUGCAUCACAUUAGCCUGCAAUACAUUGCUGAGGUCACUCCCCUGGCUACCGGUCAUCGCCAGGAUCAGGUUCAAAGUCCUGACCCUCGCCUACACUGCAGCCAACAGGACAGCCCCCGCCUACCUACAGGACAUACUUCAGCCCUACACGCCGGCUCAACCACACCGCUCUGCUGCAGCAGGUUGACUUGCACCCCUUGUCAUCCGGGUAAACGGAUCUCACUCGUCCCUACCACGGAGCUUCUCCACCCUGGCUCCCCAGUGGUGGAACGAACUCCCUGUUCCUCUACGAACCACUUGGUCACUGCCCAUCUUCUGCCGUGGUAUGAAGACUCAUCUCUUCAGACUAUACCUGGCCAAACUAUCACCACUCUGCAGGGCACUCCCAAUUUAGGAUCACUCUUAGCACUUGUAUCCUUCUAUCAUGAUCCUCUACCACUUUCAUUUGUAUCUCAUCCAGUGCUUAUCCACUUGUAUCUUUAUCUUGUUGGUCUGUCAUAUCUUGUCGACAUGCCUCCUAGUUUGACUUACCAUAACUGUCUGACCUAGGCUAUGUGUACUGUGUGAACUGGACUUAAUGUGUUCCUGACUAUGGAUUACUUUUAUGUAAUGAGUAUUGUAUCUAUCGGACCUGCAUUAUGUACUUGUUCCAAUGACCUUCGGUAUACACUUAUUGUACGUUGCUUUGGAUAAAAGCAUUUGCCAAAUAAAUAUGAUGUAAUGUGAUGGAAGCAGGGAUACCACCUACUACUACUGCUGAAAACUGCCACUGAUCACACAAAAGAUGUUUGUUGUCCAAUCUGGCAAUCCUGGGAGAGGUUGUGGAGGUUGCCAGGUCUCAAACACCCUGCCUGCAUUGCCACAUUUAGGUUUCUCACUGAAUGCUGUCAAAAUGCCAGCAUUACGUAAUAAACCACUUAAGGGAAAAACACAA